AGUCCNCUGUUCUUCUUCAUUGCCACUUCCAUCUUCUCGUUCCCAUCCUCCAAGCACAGGAAACCGCCAAUGAAUGCGAUGAUGCAGCCGCCGCCGCCGCCGCCUCCGCCCACCUCCUCCGGCACGGGAUCCCCUGCUGCAUCAUCAUUCGUCAGAACUUACCGCGCCUGGCAAGGCAAUAAUGUGUUUUUUCUUCGAGGUAGGCUUAUAUUUGGACCAGACGUGAAAUCCAUAUUUAUAUCGCUGUUUCUUGUGAUUGCUCCUGUUGCUUUCUUCUGUGCCUUCGUUGCCAGAAAACUCAUUCAUGAUUUUCCCCAUCACGCCGGGUGGUCAAUUAUCGUCGUUGUUAUCGUUCACACUUUCUUUGUUCUGAUUACCCUUGUACUAACCUCAGGAAGAGAUCCAGGUAUAGUACCUCGCAGCGCUUAUCCUCCACCAGAGUCUGAUGAUGAUGCUGAUGAGACUGUGCCCCGUGCUGCUUCCACCCGCCCACGGCGGUCAAAGAUUGUUUUAGUCAACGGUGUACCUGUCAAAGUCAAAUAUUGCGAUACUUGCCAACUCUAUAGACCCCUCCGCUGUUCUCAUUGCUCUGUAUGCGACAAUUGUGUGGAACGAUUUGAUCAUCACUGUCCCUGGCUGGGCCAGUGUAUUGGAUUGCGAAAUUACAGGUUCUUCUACAUAUUUGUACUCUCUGCAACACUUCUUUGCUUAUAUGUGCAUGUCUUUUGCUGGGUCUACAUUAAGAAGAUCAUGGAUUCUGAGGAAAAAACAAUUUGGAAAGCAAUGAUCAGAACCCCGGCCUCUAUUGCACUAAUAAUCUACACUUUCAUUUGGGUCUGGUUUGUUGGAGGCCUCACUGUUUUCCACACCUAUCUCAUCAGCACAAACCAGUCUACUUAUGAAAAUUUUAAAUACCGCUAUGAUCGACAACUGGUAAACCCAUAUGACAGAGGGAUAGUUGAGAAUUUCAAACAAGUAUUCUGCACUAGCAUUCCUCCAUCCAAGCAUAACUUUAGGGCUAAGGUUCCAAAGGAUCUUCCGCUAUCAGAGUCACACCAAAGAGUAGUGGGUGGUCAGUCCCUAAGCCCUAUGCUGAAGAAAACCACAGAGAACGAGGUGGAAGAGAGGAAUGUGGAACAUCGCAGGGAUGGUGAAUUGCGUAAUGUGUCCCAGAAUGAAAGCAUGAGCAUUCACAGGGAAAGUGGGGAGGGACAAGAAGCUUCAUUUUUUAGGCAGUCUCUGUGGGAAAGAACUAGCAGAAAGUGGGAAAUAACUCCUGAAGUUGUGACUGCAAAUAGCUGUAGUAGUGGGAACCCAACUCAAGCAUAGUGCAUACUGUCAAAAUCUCAAGUCAAUUUCAGAGAUGUAAACUAAAAAUCAAAAGAAUAAUUGGGGGCGGGGGGAGAAAGAACGAAAGGAUUAAAGUGGUUAGUGUUAAAAGUUAGUGCUUUACUGAUCGUACUAGUGUUUUGUGGACUUCAUUUGAGGUGAUCUCCUAAUUCCUAUGAAAGAAGAGUUUGUGUACAGCAGCAGAAGCAAGAAAAACCGAAUUUGUAGUGAUCAUUGGCAUCUGUACAUAUACCUUUUGAUUGUUAUGAAAAAAUGCAAGUGUAUUUUCUAAGUCAUU